UAUAGUUAUAAUCAGCAGUUAGCUAAUCACUGUUAUUUUAAAUGGCAAAUAGUUUUUCUCAUAUCGAAAACAAAAGUGCCACACCCUAUUUUUUUCAUCGAUGUUGUUAUUAGUGCGAUUUGUUUGUCGUGUCCUCGUAUGUAUUAGGUCUAUGAUUUAUACUGAAUCAUUUUUUCGUUGCAAAAAACUAAAAAGUGUUUAUACUAUUGUAACGUGGCCACGUAGGUACGCACAAAUCACGGCGUAUUUGUUUUAUAUAUCCAUAAGCGUGAAAUCCGCACGAAAGAUUUAUCAUAAUGUUUAGCACAGACUCAAAUAACUUUUGCUCAUAGUGUGUAAUAUAUAAUUUGUGAAACAACUAUUUUCCGGUACAUUUAUUAUCGGCCAAAAAUGCUUAAGUUGAUCUAUUGUAUACGAGUGUAUUAAUAUUAUUAAAAUUAUUCAAUGUAUUAUUACAUUGUUUUAUAGGUAGAGACAGCUGGCCAGUCCGGGAACCAUAAAAUUCGUGAGUUAUUCGUGUUACUAUUUUUAUUAUAACACCUUUUAUAAUAAGUUAUGUGAAACAUUCUUUUGGUGGUGAUUACCAUAUAAAAUAUAAAAUUGAUAGGCCAUAUUCCUAAGCUAAACACCUAAGAUUUACCAUUAUAUACUAUAGACUAUUACUUUGUAUUUAUAGAGGGUAUUGUCUAUAUAGAUUGUAUAUAAAUACAUAUAUUGUGUAUAGUAAUUUGUUUAUACAUGCCAGGCACCUCUAAUAAAAUGAUUUUAAAAUUGAAAGAUUUCAAUAUUAUUAAACAACAACUGUUCAAUUUUCUUAGUAGGUUUUAGUACCUAUAAAGUAGAUUUUAACAUAAUUUGUAUAUUUAUAUUUUCAAAUAUCCAUUUUACAUUUUACGAUUUUAAUUUCUAGCUAGAUUAUAAUUUAAGCGUUUUUCAUACUCCUGAGUACACACGACUGUGCAACACUAAAAUCCAAACGAAAAAGCUACCAAUGAACAAUAUUAUAGACCUGAUAGUUUUUGUUAAUUUUAAUUUUAAUUUUAUUUUGAAUAUAUUAUAUAAAAAAAAUGUCAAUUUCAAUAUUCCUUUUCAUUUCACAAAAGGUUUCAAACAAUUCAUAUUAAUAAUUUUAAUUGACUUCAAACUCAAUUUUAGGAUAAGAUUUUAGACCUAGAUAUUCCAAGUACAGGACGUAUUAUAGUAUUAGCAAUGCAAAAUACGAAUCAAAUUCCGGAAAACAGUCGAUGUGAACAAGCUAAAUAUGAGUAUAAGAAAUCGUCGUAUUCGGAGAUUUAUGAAGUGCUACAAUCCUUAAGGAAAGAUGAGAUUCUUUGUGACAUCAAACUAGAAACAGACGAUGGUGGAGUUAUAUUUGGCCAUAAAGUGGUUCUAGCAUCGGCUAGUCCAUAUUUCCUUGCAAUGUUCACAAAUUUUUCAGAAAAGAAUCAAGAUCAAGUUGCUAUCGGACAGUUGAAAUCUAGUGCACUUCAGCUUUUAAUAGACUUUGUUUAUUCUGGGAAAAUCUCGAUCACUGAACAAAAUGUACAGGAUUUGUUAGCAGCAUCAAAUAUUUUGCAGUUACAAGAAGUCAAAAACGCAUGUUGUAAUUUUCUACAGGCGCAACUAUGUCCCACAAAUGUCAUUGGGAUUAUUGCUAUAGCUGAUUUCCAUGACUGUACAAAAUUGUUAACAAGCUCAGAAUUAUAUUUCAAACAACACUUUUCAGACGUGGUAGAAGAAGAAGAAUUCCUGUCCUUGUCAUCCGAGCAAAUAGUUAAGUUGAUCUCCAGUGAUGAACUGACAGUUCCAUCUGAAGAAAAAGUAUGCAAAAUAUUUGAAAGUGUUAUUCGAUGGGUAAAACAUGAUUUAGAUUCCAGAAAACCGAUUUUACCGCAAUUGAUGGAAUAUGUGCGUUUACCAUUAACAUCGAAAAAUUACAUAUUAAAAAAUGUAGUUGACGAUCCUCUUCUUAAUAAUUGUUUUAAAUGUAAAGAUUACGUAUUUGAAGCAUUACGUUAUCAUUUACAUAAGUCAGAUGAACUUAUCACAAUUCCACAUAACAUCCGGACAAAACCUAGACAGCCUAGUGGUACAUAUAAAGUUAUUUUAGCUGUUGGUGGAGCAGGGAUCAAUAACGAAAUAUUAGAUAGCACAGAAUGGUACGACCCAAAACUCAACCAAUGGCAUUUUGGACCAAAAAUGAUAACAUCACGUUAUGCUGGUGGUCUAGUUGUAGUAAAUGAUAAUUUUGCGUUAUAUUUUGGUGGUGGAAAUUAUGAAUCGACUUUUCAAUCUGCUGAUGCGUUAGAUGUAUCAUCCGAAUCACCUAAAUGGAGACCAACCUACGAAAUGUUAGUUAAACGACAAUGGUUUGGAGUUGGCGUGAUAAAUAAUUAUAUUUAUGCUGUUGGCGGUUAUAAUGAAAGUUGUGAAAGUUGUUUAAAUAGUGCAGAAGUUUUUGACUGCAGAACUCAAAAAUGGAGUAGGAUAUCUAGUAUGUCUUCUAGAAGAUUUUGUAUUGGGCUUGGAGUAAUGAAAAAUCUUUUAUAUGCGGUAAAAUGUUUAUCACUUUAUGAUUUUAAAUUUGUAAUAGGUACAUUUGUUAUAAUUGUGGUCGUAAUAAAUGCAUACCCCUGAGGAUAAUCACCAAAUAAUCCCCUGAAAUAAAAUAUUUUUGAGACUUAAAAUUAAAAUUUAACAUUUAAAUAAUAUAAUAAUUCAAAUAUUUGUU